AAUUAAAUAGAGUACGACUCAAUGUAGAUUUGUUUUAUUUUAUUCCAUUCCUCAGCGGAAUCACAACAAACCCAACCAUGUACUCCUACUACACUCUUAUUUUGUUGGUGGCGACCGCGUCCUGCGGCCCCGUCAAGCGUGGGGUCGCCUUCGACGGCUACCCCCAGGACUUCGCGUUCGCCAACUUCGCCUUCGCCAAGCCGCACGUGCCGUCCCCGGCGGAGAUCGCCGCCGCCAUCCAGGCCGCCAAGGAGGCCUCGGCCAGCGUGAUGGCGGCGCAGCACCGCGUCCAGGAGGCCAAGGACGAGGUCCUGAACCAGCAGCACAUCGCCAGCCACAAGCAGGCGCAAGCCGCGCUCGCCCUCCAGAAGACGGAGGCGGCGGCCGCCGUCCAGCAGCAGGAGGCCAAGUCGGCCGCCAAUGCGCUCAUCCAGGCCCAGCAGCGGCUGGCGCACGCCAAGGCCGAGGUGGCCGAGCUGCAGAAGAUCGCCGCGGUGAAGGAGGCCCACGCUGCGGCCGUUAUCCAGAAGAGUGCGGCGGCGGCGGCGGCGGAAGUCCAACGGAGUGAUGAAACUGCACGGAAGUUGGCAGCUUUGCAACACUCCAAUUCGGUGACUCUUAAGCAGGCUAACGCCGGGAAGGAUGGGUCUUUGUCGGCUACCAGUGCAGCGGUGGCGGCGGCUAAUGACCGCAAUGGGGCCCAGCAUGUGGCCUGGGUGGCGGCCCCAAAGUACGUCCAGCUGAACCCAUGGGGCUGAUUUUGGGGAUUAUUAUGUUUCUGUAUGUUUUAUGAAUGCAAUAAAGGUUGAACUUUGACUUGA